UCACAAGUUCGAAAGUCGGCGUUCGGCGAACGAAAAAUUGAUAAUUAUUUUUCGAAUUUCGAGACCAGGAAAAACUUUUGAAAACCAUACUUUUUUAGGUCCACUUUUAUUUAAUGAGAAAACAUGAUUACUUCUGAAGAGACGCUGUGCCCGCUGUGUUCUGGAAAAGGCCAAAAGAAUCAUUUAGUCGCUGUGUUUUACAAAAGUCGAGAAGGUCUAUACACUUGCGAAGAUAAAACGUGCACUUAUUUUUUGACUGAUGCUGAAGGGAACCUCGUAAAAUUCAACAAAGACUCGAAUACAACUGGCUAUAUAUUAGAUCGAACUCCUAAACGUGACGUUAUAGACGAAGAACUCGAUCAUUUCUUCGAUUCUCUUGGUAGCGCUUACGAUAAAGACAGAGGCAAUAAUGACAAUAUUCAAAUUCCUGUCAGUCAAUCCUACGAGAAAGAAUUAAUUUCGCAGAAGCAUGAAAUCAAAAAUGAAGUCAUCAAUGCAACAGAAAACCUAAAAAUGGAAGAUAUAUUCAAGACUGAUUGUUCAGAUUUAAAUUUUGAAGACUUUUUGUAAACCUAACACGAAUUUUAUCAAACACACUUUCACCUGUACCUACCUAUUGUAGAAUUAAGAUUCAAAUAAAUAUACGCAUGUUUUUUUCUUA